UUUGUUUUAUUUUUGUCAACGUUUUUAUGAUAAUUGUAAGGGGCUAAGAUUAUCUGUAAUUUUUAAUCUGAGCCGAGGGAAAAUGAAAUUGGCGACAAAAUUGUUGGGGACUAGUGUGACGACAAAACAUUUUUCUGACAUUUCCUAAUAUUUUUUAGUAUCAUCUACAAGUUUAUUAUGGCUGAAAGUGACAGUUCAUCUACAAGUCUCUCUUCUCUCACACCAUCGGAAGAGGAACAUGUUGCAAAGAGAAAAGAAUCUGAAGACGUGCAAACUUCUGAAAAAGUUGACCAAGAGACGAUUUCUCAUGGUUCUGAUUCGACAGCUGAAGAUGAACGCGUUUUUGAAGUUGAAAGCAUUAAUGGACAUAAAAAAGUUCAUGGAAAGGAUUUAUGGCUGGUACGUUGGUCUGGUUAUGGACCUGAGCAUGAUACUUGGGAGCCGAAUGCUAAUUUAUUGAGUGAACAUGUGAAGAUUAUGUGCAAGGAAUAUUUGGAUAAUAAUAAAAGUGCUAAGAGAAGCCGUAACAGGCGAUCGUCUGGAAAGGUGCCUCAGCGUCGUUCUGUUAUUAAAAAACCAAAGGCUGAAGAAGAAGAGCCUGUGAAAUCAGAACCCAAAGUUGGAGAAUCAUCUGAAAAGUCUGAAAGUGGAGAAGAGGCCGAUGGUACAAAUUCUGAGGGAUGGUUUGGAAUCAAACCUGGGGAGGGAUCUAGAGAACAACAACGUUUAUUUGUCCCAGACAGACGUCUAUCAAAGACGGAAAAGUUAUUAAGUGAAAUCAAUUGUUCACCUGGCGUUCGGGUCCUCCGAAAUCAGCUGAAACCUCAUUCUGGAGAUUUAAGUGAUGGUACUUCAGCAUCAACCUCUCCAAAAAAACGUGGACGCGCUCCUAGAAAAUCUGCAAUUGAAAAAUUACUCGCAACUUCUUCGGAUGUUUUUACUUCAGAAUCUUCUCCAGCAUUGGAUGUGGGACAAAAAACGGGCACUACAGACAAUGAGGAGGACAAAUUCAAAAAAGACGAGAAGAUUGAAAAGGUAUUUAAAAAUUACUAG